AUGCCUCCACCACCACCACCACCACCAGCUCCAGUUGCCGCACCACCAAAAACAGCUGAAAGAGGUGCAUUAUUAAAAUCAAUUGAAAAAGGUAAAAAAUUAAAGAAAGCACAAACUAAUGAUAGAUCCAAACCAGUUUUACAAGCUGAAAAAGGAAGCAGCGGCGGCGGCGGUGGCGGUCCAAUGGGUAUGCCAAUGGGUGGAAUGCCAAGACCAGGAAUGUUUACACCACCACCACCAGGUGCUAAAAAGGGACCAGCCCCACCACCAAUGAUGUCCAAACCAGGAAAUGUUCCACCACCAGUUAUGUCUGCACCAAAGAAGGCCGCUCCACCACCAUUAAUUUCAAAACCAGCAAAUGUUCCACCACCAGUAGGUGCAAGACCAGGUGGUCCACCACCAGUCUCAGGUGGCUUUAAAUCACCAGCCCCACCACCAGUUAAACCAGCUCCAUUUGGUGUUAAACCAAGUGGUCCACCACCACCAGUUGCAAGCAGAACAGCUCCACCACCACCAGUUGCAAGCAGAACAGCUCCACCACCACCAGUAGGUGCAAGAGGUCCACCACCACCAAAAAUCGCUCCAUUAAAAAGAUAA